GGCGUGGCUUCACGGCGCCCAGAGGCCGGGCGCUCAGUCAGGCAGGCUGGCGCGGUUACGCAGUAGCAGCGGCGGCUCCCCUUUGUGUCUGGUCUGAGGGGAAAGAAAGAAGGGCGGAGGGAGAAGAGAAAGAGAGAGAAAAUCCGUCGCAGGACGGGGACCAGGAGGGAAUCCCUCCGCCCUGAAGGCACGGGGGAGGCGGUUUGAUCCCUCCGCCACCGCCGCAGCUGAAGGGAGGAAAAAGGGGCUUGCGGGGGAGCUCCUUGUGAAGAAGAAGAAGAGAGGCCUCCGAGGAGGAGGAGGAGGAGGAAGGAGGAGGGACUGUGGAUGUGAGGAGGGGGCGUUGGCGGCCCUCUUCCCUCCCUCCAGCCCCACUUGGAACUGGGACGGAGGGACGCCGAAGUAUAUAUACAUAUUAUAUAGAGCUAUCUAUACAAUAUAUCUACAUUAUAUAUAUUAUAUAGGUGUCUAUAUAGAGAGACAUAUCUCUCUAUCUCUCUCUAUAGAUAGAUACAGAGGCCUUGCCUCCCUUUGGGGCCGACUCAAGCCAAGGACUGAGGAGCCCAGAUUUGCUGCUGCUGCUGCUUCACAGAACCGCCUUCCUUCCUCCCCUCCUUGGCCGCCUCUGCUCUAAAUAGGCCGAGGUUCUUCUUCUUCUUACUUCCUCCCUUUUGGGACGCUGGAGGAGCGCCAUGGGACAGCGACCACGACGCCGCCUCUCCUCUCCCCGACGCCAGGCGCCUUGAGAGCAUACCUUGGGCCUUUUCCUUUUGUGACUCCUGCUCCUUUCCCAAGGGUUUGGAUCUUCUUUGCGAUCGUUUGGAGCUUGGGCCUCGAAACCUCCCUCGUGCCUUUACUUUCGAGGGGAGCUGCUUGUUCGUGAUAAUAUAUAUAUACACACACACACCCAGGAUUCUUUUUCACUUGCGGACGUGAUGAUUCGUUGGAAAGCAGACUUCGAGGCGGCGAAGAAGGCGCCCGGGAAACAAGCAGCCGGGAGUUUUCAGGGUUAAAUAAUGACCUCCGGCGGAUAUAGAGACAGAUAUAUAAUCGAUUAUAAUAAUAGUGAUAUGCCAUCGAUGACAAUGACUCCUUCGGCCGAAGGAAGGAGGGCCGAGGCAGCUCUUGUUACAGCGCUUGUGUGUAAUCGAUCAUCGUGACUCCGUGUCAUGGGUUGUGAUGCCUGGGUGCUGAGGGAUUCUGGGAGUCGGAGUCCUUGAAGGAGCAGCCCUUUUCUUCCCCCGAGAGCCAAGCUCGCUUUUGUUAUUACGGUAAUAACUGUAUAUAGUCGGUAUAUAAUCCUGCAUCGUCGGUUAUACCGGAGGAGGAGCGGAGGCGGCCGUGUCGGUGGCCCGAGAGCCAAGCGGGCUCUUCUUGUGAUCGCAAUAACUGUGUCUCCUGGGUUAUAAUGAGUGGUCCUUGGUUGGUGGCGUUGCCCUGAGAGGCGAGGCUGGGCUUUUCCAAGCCCUGAAACAUGAAGGAGGAGGGUCCGUGUCAUGGAGUAAGGGCCUCCUCCUCCUCCUCGGCUGGAUUGUGAGCCCAACGGCGAAAGAGAGACUCUCCGCCGGCCCUGCCCGCCUCGGCCCCGUUGGCCCAGGAAGGAGGCCCCGCUCCCGCCGCGGCCGCCAUGCCCGCCCGGCUCCCCCUGCUGCGGCGCCUCUGGCCGGCCCUGCUCUUGGCCAGCGCCACCUGGAUGCUCAGCGCUGCGGCUGCUGCCCAGAGUGAAGAGAUAACAUGUGCUUUUCGGGAUGUUUACCAAAAUGACCAUGGGAUUAGUGAAAAUCGAAUUUCUCAGGAGAAUGGCACCAUCUUGUGUGUGAAAGGCAACACCUGCUAUGGUCUUUGGGAGAAAACACGAGAAGGAGAAAUACAUCUUGUGAAACAAGGAUGUUGGUCUCAUAUAGGAGAUCCUCAAGAGUGCCACUCUGAGGAGUGUAUAGUAACAACCACUCCUUCCUUGGUUCAGAAUGGGACAUAUCGUUUCUGCUGCUGUAGUACCAACCUGUGCAAUGUCAACUUCACAGAGAACUUUCCACCACCAGAUCCGACAGAUGCAACACCUUUCAAUUCAUCUCAUUCACUUCGUCGAGAUGAAACAAUUGUCAUCGCUCUGGCAUCGGUAUCUGUAUUGGCUGUUUUGGUGGUUGCUCUUUUCUUUGGAUACAGGAUGCUUGUAGGGGAUCGUAAACAAGGUCUGCACAGUAUGGAUAUGAUGGAAGCAGCAGCAUCAGAACCCUCAUUAGACCUGGAUAAUUUGAAGCUGCUGGAGCUGAUUGGUCGAGGGCGAUAUGGAGCAGUGUACAAAGGUUCCUUAGAUGAGCGUCUGGUGGCUGUAAAAGUGUUUUCUUUCACUAAUCGCCAAAACUUCAUCAAUGAGAGAAACAUAUACCGAAUCCCGCUGAUGGAACAUGACAACAUUGCCCACUUCAUUGUUGGGGAUGAGAGAUUCACUGCAGAUGGACGCAUGGAGUAUUUAUUAGUGAUGGAAUAUUAUCCCAAUGGUUCUUUGUGCAGAUAUUUGAGUCUUCAUGCUAGUGACUGGGUGAAUUCCUGUCGUUUGGCACACUCUAUAACUAGAGGCCUAGCGUAUCUUCAUACAGAAUUACCACGAGGAGAUCACUAUAAACCUGCCAUCUCCCAUCGCGAUUUGAACAGCCGCAAUGUAUUGGUGAAAAAUGAUGGAACGUGUGUCAUCAGUGAUUUUGGUCUCUCCAUGAAGCUAACAGGAAAUAGACUAGUGCGCCCAGGUGAGGAGGACAAUGCUGCAAUUAGUGAGGUUGGUACAAUCCGCUACAUGGCUCCUGAAGUGUUGGAAGGAGCGGUGAAUCUGAGAGAUUGUGAAUCAGCUCUGAAGCAAGUAGAUAUGUAUGCACUAGGUCUAAUCUACUGGGAGAUUUUUAUGAGAUGCACAGACCUGUUCCCAGGAGAAUCAGCGCCAGAAUUUCAGACAGCUUUCCAAACAGAAGUUGGAAACCACCCUACUUUUGAAGAUAUGCAAGUCCUUGUUUCAAGGGAAAAGCAACGACCAAAAUUCCCAGAGGCCUGGAAAGAGAACAGUUUGGCUGUGAGAUCACUGAAGGAAACAAUUGAAGACUGUUGGGAUCAGGAUGCUGAAGCUCGGCUGACUGCCCAGUGCGCUGAAGAGAGGAUGGCUGAACUUAUGAUGAUUUGGGAGAGGAUUAAAUCUGUUAGCCCAACAGUUAACCCUAUGUCUACAGCUAUGCAAAAUGAACGAAACUUGUCACACCAUAGGCGUGUGCCAAAGAUCAGACCUUAUCAAGAUUAUUCUUCUUCAUCUUAUAUUGAGGAUUCAGUUCACCACAACGAUAGCAUAGUGAAGAAUAUUUCCUCUGAACUUUCAUUAUCAAGCACACCACUGACACUUGGGGAGAAGAACAGAAACUCAAUUAACUAUGAGCGGCAGCAAGCACAAGCCCGUAUUCCUAGUCCUGAGACGAGUGUCACAAGCUUGUCAACCAACACAGCCACCACCAACACAACAGGCCUCACUCCAAGCACUGGCAUGACCACCAUAUCCGAGAUGCCCUACUCAGGUGAAACAAACAUCAGUGCUGCAAAUGGUGUCCAGUCACUUGGACCAACUCCUGUUUGUCUACAGCUAACCGAGGAGGACUUGGAGACCAAUAAAUUGGAUCCAAAGGAAGUGGAUAAGAAUUUAAAAGAAAGCUCUGAUGAGAACCUUAUGGAGCAUUCCCUUAAGCAGUUCAGUGCACCAGAUCCACUCAGCAGCACCAGCUCCAGCUUACUAUACCCACUGAUAAAACUGGCAGUAGAAGCAACAGGGCAACAGGACUUCGCCCAAACUGCAAAUGGUCAAGCCUGUCUAAUCCCAGAUGUACAGCCUGCUCAGGUCUAUCCUCUUCCUAAGCAACAGAAUCUCCCAAAGAGGCCUACCACCCUACCCUUAAACACCAAAAACUCCACAAAGGAGCCUCGACUGAAAUUUGGAGGGAAGCACAAAUCAAACUUGAAGCAAGUUGAAACUGGAGUUGCCAAGAUGAACACUAUCAAUGCUGCAGAACCUCAUGUGGUAACUGUUACCACAAAUGAAGUGGCAGGAAGGAGCCAUACAGUUAACUCUCAUGCUGUGCCAACCCAGUAUGUCAAUGGUACAGUGCCAUCUGGCCAGUCUACCAGCUCAGGAGCACACAGGGCCCAGGAAAUGCUGCAGAACCAAUUCAGUGGAGAGGACAGUCGUCUGAAUAUUAACUCAAGCCCUGAUGAGCAUGAACCCUUAUUAAGAAGGGAGCAGCAAGUGAGCCAUGAUGAGGGCGUUCUGGAACGUCUGGUUGAUAGGAGAGAACGUUCACUGGAUAAUGGCCGAACAAAUGCCAACAACAACAACAACAGCAAUCCAUGUCCAGAACAAGGUGUCUCUACUCUCAGCCAUUUGAGGACGGCACCAAAUUCUCAACAAACCCACACUAAAAGAGCACAGAGGCCUAACUCACUGGAUCUAUCAGCCACAAAUAUUUUGGACAGCUGUAGUAUGCAGUUGAGUGAGUCAUCCCUUGAUGGCAAACCUGGCUCAGGAGAAAAGAUCAAGAAACGUGUGAAAACACCAUAUUCCCUUAAGCGGUGGCGCCCUUCCACAUGGGUCAUCUCUACAGAACCACUGGACUGCGAGGUCAACAACAAUGGUGGUGAUAGGGUGGUUAGUUCUAAAUCCAGCACAGCUGUUUACCUUGUCGAAGGAGGUACUGCCACAACUAUGGUGUCUAAGGAUGCAGGAGUGAACUGUCUGUGAAUUGUUUGAAAGCUGACAAAAAUGACAUUUUUGCAUUCUGUUAAGCAAACAUGCAGAAGACAUUUUUUUAAAAUGAAAUACAUGAAACUGCUUUCUUCUGUCAGCAUCCCUUACCAAGGACUUGCUUUAAAUAGAUUUCAGCUAUGCAGACAAUUUUUAGCUUAUGCUUCCAUAAUUUUAAUUUUGUUCUUAUUUUUUUAACAUUUUUGCACUUUUUAUUUAGUAUUGCAAAAUUACAUCUGUCUGUCCUUGACCACAGAAUUAUAUAUGUGUAUUAAAUGGCUGUGGUCUCAAAAUAUUUUUUUUAAAAAACAAAAAGAAAAAAAUGUAUUGCUGAUAAUCAGUUUGGACCAGUUUUGAAGGUCACUAAACACAUAAGCCAGUUGGCAACAGUGGUGUCUGCUGUUCAUGUUUUGAGUUCUGUGCACAAGUCCAUUUGUAUGUUUCUGUAUGUCAGAGUGUAUUAUCUUUUGAACUCCCUAUUUUUCACUUGUGUUAUGUUGAAAUGUGCAAUAGUCUGUAGUUCACAGUAUGCUUUGUGUUUCCAACCCUACUACACAUUCUCCCUUUUAGAAUUACUUUUAAAAAAUCUUAACAGUUGGGCAACCAAUGGUUUCCGACUGUGAAUUCUGCACAGCAUAAUCAGCUUUGAAGCAGCUGCUCGUAUCAGUAUGUGUGCUUUGAGAUCACAGUUGAUGCAUGCUUUUCCCAGCCUUGAAAAGGCUUAAAACAAAAAGAACAAACCUUUUUCUUUCAUCCUUCCAAGUUAAUAAAUUGUAAAAAAAAAAAAAAAAAAAAAAUUCAUAGUAAAUGUUGCAGGUUUGGAAAACUCUUAAGGAAGAAAAUGUUGAACAAAAUGUAAGGAGUCAAGUUGUCAAUUUAUACAACCAGUGGGAGUAAUUAUCUUCACAGUUAGCUUGAUUCUUAAUAACCAUGCCUCCCAUUGAAUUGUUAUCGGCCAAGAAACCUGUACCUUGGAUAUAUCCUAUGGUAUAUCUUUUACAAAACCAGGAUGCCUGAGAGAAGUGAAACUGUUUGUGUGUGGAAACUGACCCGAGCUGCCUAUCAUUUUCAUUUUAUCUUUUAUACAAAUUUGACAAUUAUAGUUAGUAUUUAUGUACAUGUUUUUCCUUAAUGAAUGCUUUCAGUGCAUAUUGAAAAGUACAUUUUUACAUAAUCUUGAUAUGUUGUGUGAAAAACUUAUUGUAGCUAGGUUGCAAAGACAGGUUUUAAAUAGAGAAGCAAAAGCAUGGACAUGAUUGUUUGACAGUAAUGUGGUAAUUUCUAUGGCUCUGUUAUUUUCACUGCCCAAAUGGUUGAGAUCAGUCUUGCAUCAGAUUGCCUAUAUGUAAUUUGCUGUUUUAGAAAAUAAUGAAAUGGAUUCAGUUACUUUAGACUCCCCCCAUCCCCUUUGCAUUAUUGCUCCCCUUCAAACACUACUGCUGCUUAUCAUGACAACAUAUCAAGUAUCCCCCCCCCCCAAGGAAGAGUUCAGAAUAUAUGUAACAUUACAUAUUUGUGCAUGGCUAUUAAAAUGUCUGGCCAAUUAAAUGCCAUUUUAAAAGUCAGUAGGGACAUCUGCCUAGACAGAAGAUAGUAAAUAUUUGCUUACUGGCCCUUGUCCCAGCAUGAAACUAAGCCCUUUUGUCUCAGUUGUUGUUCAGGCUUUAGUAACAUUACCAAUAUAUAUCUAUAUCUAUAUAAGCUAAAUAGCAUUUAGUAUGAUAUGGUUCUGAAUAAAAUAUUUAGUUUUGUAUUAUCAUGAACCAGGACUGACCUAACAAUUAUUUAGUCCACACAAUAAAAUCGCUGCAGCAUAUAUCCGUCCUACUUUCUGUAAGAUUUUCAGCUAUGUUUUUCAGAUGUCUGCUGGACUGUUUAUAUUGUUAAUUUGUUCUUACCAACAUCCUUCUAUAUUCAGGUCUUGAACCCUGUCCUUGGGGCCAUGAUAGACAUCCAGUUACAGAACACUAAACCAAUUUUUUUCUCUUUUAUUAUGCCUAUGUAAGCUGGUUUGUUAGCUAACAAAAGUCAUUUAACUUGGUUCAAAAGAGAUUAAAAUAAUCUUCAAGAUAAAAAACAUAAAUUGGGAUAACAUCUAGAAUUCAUUAUGAUAUUAAUAUUUAAGGCUUUCCGUCAAAAAAGAUAAUCAUUUACGUGAUAUACAGGUUGAGUACCCGUUAUCCAAAAUGGGUGUUUCGUAUUUUGUACUUUUAAGGAUUUGUAUAUACAUAAUACACAGUACACAACACAAUUAGCAUAGUAUGUAGUGUAUGUACAAUGCUGGAGAGCGAAACACAGCUGGAGAAAGACGCAGUAGGAGAUUGAUGCAAAAGAUGCAGGCUGAAGAGAGAUGUGGCAGGAUAGAGACUGAAGAUCUGUGAAAUGGCAGGAAUUUAAGCAUAGUGCUCAGCGCAAAUCUGUCACUUCACAGAUCUUUGCAUCUCUCCCCAGCCUCAUGCUUGUUCACUACUCGUGUUGUGUAUGAGAUGUGAGGUUGGAGGGAGACUGAGGCUCUGAGAGAUGAACAAGCAGAAAUGCCACAGCUACUGCCUCCAAAAUGGAAGUGGGUGGCUGGUGGCAAAAGGUUUUGUGUUUUGGAGGUUUUUGCAAUUCUAGUUUAGGGUUGCUCGACCAGUAUGUGUAAAAAAUGCUCCCAUCUUCAUCACUCUCAUAGCCCAUUAAAAAAAAAUUUUUUUUCCACUUUCCUAUUCACAUCAGUAUCAGUAGCAACAUUUAGCUAGUGUCAGUAGUUCACAUGACAGAUGAUCCUCAUGUAGUUUUCAUCAAACCUUCAUCCCACUCUUUUUGGACUGGUUGUUUUUAUUUGUCUGUUCACUAGGAGCUAAUCCAUAAUUAUUUUACCACAGUGUCUGGUGCAUAUGGAAACAUUGAAAUAUACACAUCAAAAACAAUAUUAUUUCACCGAAAAUUUCAAAAUGAACAAAAAUGUCAUAUUUUAAUUAACACUUUCUUUCUUCAUCACAGACAUUUUUUUUAAAAAAUGAAUAAAAUCACGUUGAGCCUUCCAUAUAGUGAUAAAAGUUCAGCCUGUCGGUUGCGUAGAACUCCUUGCAACUAAUUUCAAAUUGUUUCUCACCCUCCUUUUGCUAUUCAUCAGGACUUUGGUGCAGUUUGAAAGGUAGUGCUGCCUCUGGAAAACCUACAUGAUUGAACCUCCAGUGCCCACUUCCUUUUUGCUUUGUUUUGAUCCCCUCCCCUUUUUUUUUCUUACUUUGAUUCAGCGUGAAAGAGAAGUGGGGAAACAAACCUAUGGUGAAUUUAUAAAUUUUUGAAAUUUUUAGCUGAGUUUGUCACGAAAAAUUGAUAACCUCUCCCCAUUAUGGCCUGAUAAUGAGUAUUCAGUGGGCAUCAGUUCUCAACGCCCUACAGUUGUUAAGUAUCCCUGUGGAGGUGUCUGGCUAAGACUAGGCUGCCAGCUCUUUAAAGACUUUUGGCUUAUGUUCUUUCAAUGUAUGUUUGUUGGGUUUUAUGGCCCUUCUACACAUUGUUCUGAUUUUGUGUUAGGGUAGGUUUGAAUGGAAUAUUUAGCUGUGUAAAACUAUUUGGCACCUCCAGUGAACUUUGAACUUCCACAAUUGUGCUCUUUUUAAUCUGCCAGAUAUCUUGAGGGAAUGGGCUUUACAUCAAGGAGACCCAACUUCAGUGACUGGACAUUGCCAUGGCAUAAUCUCAAAUUGUACUUUGGAGGCCUCCAAGGACCAUAGAUGAGUCAUGGGAUGUGCAUAUAUGUUUUAAAGCAGGGAUAAGGAAAGUGUGACUUCCAGAUAUUUUGGACCCUUAACUCCCAUUAACCUUAGACAGCCAAGGAUUAGAGAAAUUGUAGUUCAGCAGUCUCUGACAUAGCACAGGGUCCCUACCUGAGAUCUAAAGGGACACUUCAGAAAAUUCUGCUGAACUACUGCACAGUAAACCAAGCUAGCCCAAAAUAACAUGACUACCAGCCAGACUUAGCCAGGCCACUUCCCUUUCUAUAUCCCAAGUAUUAAAAAGGAUUGGAGAGGUACAGAACAUUUACCACUUGAGCUCCAUUUUGGGCCAGGAACUUCCUUGAGUUAGAUACUUUUAUGUUGGCUCAGUCACAGUUCCUGUCAAAAAGCUAGAUAUCACCUUAUUGGGAUUUCUACUGGAAUUUCUACAACCCCAAAAAAAAUUAGCAAAAAUGUGGAAAACAUUUAUUCAAGAAAUCAAAAGAAUAGGUGUUUGAACAAACAAAACUGUGUGAGAAAUUUUGGCUCAGCUGUAUUUUAGACUUCUGAUAUCAUUCUGUUCCUCAAGAUCUGAAAAUAACGGUGUGGUUUAAUUGUGAUUUCACUAGUGUAUUAUAUCUGCAUAUUUCAGUGUACAAAGUUUAAAUGGUCAUGACGACUUAGGUCAUCCCUGUAUGUGUUGUGGAAACGACACCAUAUUUCCCUUCAAUAAUCCUCGCAGAAUUGUCAAAAAAAAUCUCUGGUGUUUUCCUUAAAAGUACUGAUAGUAUUGUGUCAAUAAAAUAGCAUUUUUAGAGAGAGGUAACGUUUGGAGUGAGACAGUAUUUUGUCAGACCAUGUGUCCUUUUACCAUUUUGUAAGAACAAAAAUCUCUAAAAAUGGAUGCUAGCUUGGUGUCAGUGUUCCAUUACAAAGCAAGUCAAGGAAGAUUUAUUUUUCUAAUAGCAAUUUUCCCCUUUAAUUCUACACCCAUAAACCCCAGAAAUAAUUUGCUCAUACAGAAAUUGAGGGGAAGAGAAAUAAUGCAUGCAUUAAGCAAUUUCACUCCUGUAAUUAUGCUCAAGUCCUAUAAGUAAGCCAAAAAAAAAUUUUUUUAAAUGACAAUAUGGUAUUCAAGUGUUCAUGGAGAACCAGUGUAGAAAAUACGGAUUUCAUGUAAGAUUUAACCAAGGCAGCAAUUCAUAUUGUUUUUAUCUCAUUUGAAUAUAGAAAAAUCUAUUCAGCAGUACAACAGUUCAGAAUUUCUUUGUGUGAACAACUGGAAAAGUUACUGACCUACAUACUUAUUCUGAUACAGUACCAGCAAGGUUUCUCAAAAUGGUGUGUUCAUGUCUGUGAAUGAAACUGUCCACCACCUAUUCUUCACAGCAUCAUACUAGUUAGUUCUUUCACACUGGCUGUACUGCUAUGGGCUGCUCUUUUUAUUGUAUUUUUCUAUAUUAUUAUCCCUGAUAAACUACUUUAAUAUAAAUAUAACAGCCAAACCUCAACUUUCACAGGUUUAACUUCUGUGGAUUUGAUCAUUUUUGAGUUUGCGUUCAAUAAUUAAAUAGUGUGAGGGGUUUUUUUAAGUUUUGUGGCCUGUUGAGAGAAAUUGCAGUCAGUGUGCAUAAACUAGAAAAUGUAAAGAAAACAUUAAUAUGUUUAGUAAGUCAUAAAUUCAUAAAAUGACACUGAGUAACCAUUCUUUCCAUUCCACCCCGGGAGUCCCACCUAGUGUUGGUUACCCUGCUUCAGGUUCUUUCCUGUUCUCCAUCCAUAUAUGGGACUACAAGAACCAGCAUGCCCUGUGAUGGCGGGAUAAAAGCAGCCCUUUUUCAUGUUCCUUAGCUAUUGAGUUAAGAGUAUAGACUGAGUUAAGGUUCAAGAGGCUAGAAAUAUUCAUGCCUUUUCUACUGUUACAGAGGUCCUGUGUCUCUAACCCCCGCGAAUGUGGAGGGCCCACUGUAUUAUAACAUUAAAAUCCUAUUCCAUCAGACCAUAGAAUGAAGAAUAGUUUCUUGUGAUUAAAUUAUUUAUGUAUUUAAUGUGUUUUCCCUCAGAUAACACAUGCCUCUAGACUCUAUUGCAAUCUUUUGAGACAUAUUGUAUGAUAGAAUAGUUUCAGUAGGAAAUGCAAAGCCUUUACAAUUACUGGCUUAGCCAUUUUUAUUUCUUUCAUUAGUGACUUAAUGCUUCUGACUUGACCUUCAGGUUAAUUCUGAACCAUAGCUGACUCAAUAAUCCAUACCAAAUAACUUCACUUGCUUUUCUCCUCCCUCCCUUCCUUCCAGGACCCCCCUCCCUUUUUUUCCCUUUUCUUGUUCUGAAAGAAAUACUUUAAGGAACCAGUUUUGAGAGAGAAAGUUGCCUUCGCAACAGAGUUAUGCAUUCCCUGCAUAUCCUAUUAUCCUUUGCAACCUUUUUAUUGGGGGGAGCACUUUUUUAAAAAGGAAAAGUACCUGGAGUCACUAGACUGGGGAGUCCGUUCCAUCUCUAAUGCAGCCUGGGCUAUUAAAGAUCAUAGGAUGCCAUAGGCCUUUUUCCAACAGCUCUUCUCAGCACUCAGUACUGCAGAAAGCUCACUGAAUUCCAGUGGCUCUGUGAGCUCGGGGAAAAGAAGUACUUUCUCGUGGAAAAUCAUCUGGAUCUAGCUUUUCCCAUUUUUCACAGUGAUGCACAAGCAUCCUUACUCUUAACCUAAAACAGGCUGAACUUUCUGAGUGUGACUAGCGAAAGCAGCUGCAAAUGUAAAUCUUUGGCAAGUGUCCAGUUUGCACACUUGCAAAAAGCUUGAGGGCUCAUAAGAGUACCUUCUGCAUACCCUUUCCUCACCCUGAAGGCCAUGAAAAAGAUGGUGGAAGCAGUGGACACAGCAGAUGCUCCAGAGGGCCAGUCCCAUAGCUAGGCUGGGGCAACCAGGGCACCAGCCAAAGGGGGGCCACAAACAGCGGUGCACUAAGAUGAUGCCCAUGGCACGCAGUAGAACUUGGGAGCGUACGAACGCUCCACCCUACUGAGCCCUACUUUCUGCCCCAAGGCUCCUAAAGGCCUAGCUAUAGCCCUUCAGAAGGCCCCCAAGAGAAACACCUUUCUCCCCAGUGUCCCCUGGUAAUUGCAAACCCACUUCAGGGAAAGCCACUCCACUAGGACUGGCACAGUGCCUACCUCCACCUCCAGUUUUCCCCAGCUUUUAGAGCAAGAAACCGGCUUCCCCAGGGAGGUCAAAGUGACAGCAAGCAUUUUCAAUGUUAGAACAAACAGGGCUUCUUCUCCAACCUUCUUGCAACAUUUGAGCAGAGAUGCUCACUUUUCCAAGCAGCCAUAUUCACCCAUGGUUUGGAACAUACUUACCUCAUAUAUUUUACUUUAAUUGUAUACAUUUUUGACCAGAAAUACUGUACCAAAUUAAUACAGGUACUAAAUAGCCCACAUCCCCCUUUUAAAAAAAAUCAUGCUCACACUGGUUAAAAGUGACUUUUUUAACCAAUUUGUCCAUACUGAUUUGCUCCAUAAAAUUUGAACUUUGGGGACAUAAUAGAUGGCAGUGAUAAAUAAUAUGAUAUCUAUGUAGUCUUGAGUAAUACAGUGUACCUUCAAAACAUUUGAAUAUCGAAUUUAGACACAGCCUUCAGCACUGUGCUGAUCCAUAUGUUAAAAGAGUGCUUUGACGUUCCAUCUACAAAGCUGCUUUAUAAAUGGUUAAACUGGAGCAAAACAGCAAAGAGUCCUAUGAUACCUUUAAAGUAACAUAUAUAUUUGCAUGAAACUCUGGGAGCUUCUGUGCAGUAGAGAAGCUAUGAGACUGCAAAAAAGCUAAUGAAAAAUAAAAUAAAAUUCAUCAUAUAAAAUACUUAAUCACAUCCAGUAGACUCAAAUCUAAGAACAGAGCUGAAUACAAGGUCAGAAAUGAAGUGUCUAGUUUUCCUUUUUAUCUCCCUUUAUCUUUGGUGCAACAGUAUUUUCUAGAUUGUUUAAAAGCACUUGAUUCAGAUUUGGUAACCUGAAAUCUUGGGUCUUUUACAACCACAACGACCUAAGUUUUGUUCCAAUGCCCUGUACUAUGAUACUGUUAAUGGUGCAUUCUUAACGGUGUUCUUGCAGCUAUAUUCUUGGUAUGCAUAGCACUUGGAGUUUGAAAAUGGCAGGGAGGAUCAAAUAUAAAUUGUAAAAGAAGCUGAUAAACAAAUUAAGGAAAUUAGUAUUCCAUUCUUCUCUUGGUGUUCUUUUAGUUUGUAUUGCUUAUACAAUAUUGGACUGUAUUUCAUAUUUUCUUUUUCAGACCGGAGGGUGUGUGUUGUAUUGAUGUGCAUGUAAGGUUGAAAGCUUUUACUGACAGACAUGUAGAGUUGAAACACAUCAUUUGAUGGGGUUGCCUUCAUCUCCUCAGAGAGAUAUAGGGAUGGUGGCCAAACACUAGGUAAUAUUCAUAGAUAUGAAGCUAUGUGUAUUAUUCUCUAACUGGAAAAACACUAAGUUACACUGCAGUCAUAUCCACAGUAAGAUUUGAAAGGGGUUAAAGGAGCCCUCAAAUGCUAGUCUUAGCAUUAUCUUGAUAGCUAGUCAUUUUGUUAUUGUAGCCUCUCUCUCUUUACUGCUGAAAUCCUGAAUUUAUAAGUGAUCAGUUUUACUACUUUUGUAUAAGCUGCCCAAUAUCUUGCUAUGCUGUUUAAGUUGUGUAUUGCAGAACAGAGUGACUAUGAAUGAAAUGUACUGCUUUUUUAAAAAUCAUCUGUGGAUGCCACUAUGAAACCUGACAUUGUUGAAAGCCACUUCAAGAGUUUUCUAUGAAUACUUGUAACAAAAUGCUUUGUUAUAAAUGAACAUAUAUAAAAAAGACUGUAUUGAUACAAAGACGUUGGAUCACAACAUUGAAAAAAUAUUCUUUCGGUUUGGGGAGGGGAGGGCAGGGGGGGAAAGGCUUGCUGUAAAAUGAUGCAUUAAUCCAUUUAAUAAAAAUCACCUUCAUGAAAGUA